AGCACAGUCCUGUGGAGAAAUAAUCACGAGAGAAAAAAAAGAAGAGAAGAGAGAGAAAGAGAGGCAGGACAGAAAAUGGAAGUUCCAGGAUCAUCAAAGAAGAUGAUAGCAACACAAUCAGAAAUGGUUGAAAACAAAGUUCCUCUUCCUUACAGAGAUCAAUGUGCUCAUUUACUCAUUCCUCUCAACAAAUGCCGACAAUCUGAGUUUUACCUUCCAUGGAAAUGUGAAAAUGAACGCCACACUUAUGAAAAAUGUGAGUAUGAACUUGUUAUGGAACGUAUGCUUCAGAUGCAAAAGAUUCGUGAACAACAAAAGCAACAGCAAACUCAGUCCAUCCCUCUUAUUCCUAAAACUGCUAACGUUUAGGAGUUCCAGUUCGAUUUUUUUCUGUUUUUCAGUGGAUUUCUCGUUGAUCGGUUUGCUGGGCUCUCUUUGAUCGUCUUGCAUGUGUACUUGGUUUGCAGUACUGCUUGGAACAUUUUUAUUAUUCUUGUUUUCCUUCUGUCCAUGCUAUAAUAAGUUCAUGUCAACAUUUUUCAUUCGGUAAAUUUUCUGGGUUUCUAAUGUUUUCUGCUUAUACCAACAAAAUAUUUAGAACAUGUAUUUGCAUACCAUUGAUUUCUGUAUCAUUAACUGUAUGAGAUGGUUUCACUAUGAAAUGCAUUCCAAUAAGAUAGUUUCAAAUACCA